GGUGCCACUUGUGCUUUCGUCGUGGCGCCGACGAUUCGUCAAGGGCAGUGCUUGCCGAAACAAGCACUUGCAUUCCAAGGUGCCAAAGGUACCUCUGUGUUGUGGCUUCGGCAAACCAUUUCUUCGUCAACCAGGAAACUCUGUUGUUGAGCAGCACCCGGCUCAUGCCGAUGUUCGACAUAUCAGUGUUGGGUUCAUCGCGGCAUAACAGCACGCUCCCCAGCUACGAAGUUGCCUGCUCCAAAGUUGCUGUCAGCCUUGACGUCGUCAAUGCACUGUGCUGUCGAGGGCGGCGCCGUUGCCCGCGUCCCUGCGGUCGCUGGACAAUCACAUUUGACGGAUUUUCCACCUGAAUGCCAAAGUUUCCACUCGCAAACGUCUUCCCGUAUAGCUCCCCCGCACCAUCCCGACAGACAGCACACGCAGGCAUGCCACAUUCGACGCGUGAAUGUCCACCAAGUGUCGCAUAGGGCAAAGUGGAGCUUCUGCUCUUAUGGAUCUUUUGCCAGAGCCAAUAUACCAACCAUUUUUCGCACCGCAGGGGCUACCCCAGGACUCUUCCGCCAUUCCCUUCACCAUGACGCAGUGAGGCGAGCGGCUAACGAAUCCAACACCACGGUCGAGACAAAGGCAACGACACGGCAUCCAAGGUCAGCAGUUUGAUUCCGCGAUAUGUUUUCCA